GAUAGCUGAGAGAGGCGUGCGGUCAGAGACAGACAUCAAUAAUCACCCUCUGCCUGCGGGAUGCAGACUGAAGCACUGCCUCUGUCCCGGGAUGCUGAGGGUGUGUGAGUGUGUGUAUGUGUCCCUGUGUGUGUGUGAGAGAGUGUGUCCACGUUCCUGCGCCUCUCUCUGUCUCUCCCACAUCCACAAUGCUCGCAGAUGUCUAAGCAAUCAGAGAACUAACCCGCCUCUGCUCUAAAGGAGUUUCACUGGUGUAGGCUUACUGGAACCAAUCAUGGCUCUCAGGCGAGGCCAGGCUCUCAGGGCCAGUGUGACUGAGACUGAUCCUCCACCUGCACCAGAGCAGAGUGGGAAACACUCCAGAGGCAGAGAAGACUCUGAGGAACCUCCCAGCAGCACCAUCGAGAGCCAGUCAAGCACCCCUAUCCCAGACAGCUUCUGCCCCAGCGAUGGCUCUGUCUCUGGGGAGGAUUCCAUCCGUGGUGAUAGCCCAAUUCAGCCUGACAGCAUGGAAGACUCACUGUCUGAAUAUGAUAAUGUAGGAUCCGAGGAGGAAGAGGAACAGGACUAUGAGGAAGAUGAGGAGCUGCAUACUGAUGCAGAUGGAAUGACCUACUACGUUCAUUGUUGCCCUGAGGAUGAGAGCUAUAUGGAGGGAAUGGACUGUCAUGAAGGCGCCGAUAGCAGCGAUAGACCCAGCACUUCCAGAGAACCAGAUGGUGGACGAAUGCCAGUGGAAGUCUGGGCACAGACUGAGGGUUUCUAUGAAGUGCUGCAGCAAGGCAAAGAACAGCUGGUCUACAAACGCCCUGAGCCCAUCACAGAGACAACUUUCAUCCAAGCCCCCAUGGCUGAGGAUGAAGAAGAUGAAGAAGAAGAGGCAGAGGAGGUUGAAGAUGAUGAGGAAGAGGAGGAGGAGGAGGAGGACGAAGAAGAUGAUAAAUAUUUUAUUUAUGGAGGAGAGAAGGCAGAGGAAGAUCAGGAUGAAAUUCUCCCAAAAAGACCUUCUGAUCUUUCAGAGGACAAUAGAAACCUUCCUCAACAGCCAAGUUACACUCAAGACAGAAGCAGAGAAGGAGAAGCUUUAGCUCAUAAUUACACAGGAGACAAAAGACUGCCAGAGACCUGUAGAGGUGACACCCAGGCUUCAUUUAGUGGCCAAAGGGCUGACAAUCCAAGUCAAGUGGGCAGGUCAGAAAGAAACUCAAGAAAAGGGUCCAGAUUCAAAGGAGAGCAGGCUUGGAAGGAAGACCGUGGUGGCAGAAAUUGCCCAAGCGGUAGUGGAACUACAAAAUGCAAAGAUCCUGAGAACAGAGGAGAUCGAAGAAAGAGACAUACAUGCAGAGAACUUGGCAGAGAGGAAAAAGAAGCCAGGCAUUCACAUGAAGACAGUGACUGUCCAGAGGCGAGUAUAGGCAGAGGACAGGGGCGCCCUCACAGUAAUUAUAGAGCAAAGACCAGGAGGGAUAGACAACCAGCAGUGGAUGCUGAAGGGGACGUGGACCAGAUCGUUAAUGGAGUGAGGGCGAAACUGAAAGUAAGACCUCAGAGCAUGGGGACAGACAUGGCUGUAGCUGAGCAAUCAUGUGACAAGAGGGCGGCUCCAGACAGUUCCAAAGCUUCAUUGCUGUCAUCACAGAAGAAGGACAGCAAACCAAGGGCGCCUAACACAGCUGUGCAGCCUCCAGACCCACAACUGCAAAAGGGCCAGGUGAAUGCUACUAAAGAAGAGGAACGGAGGUCGAGUCAGGGCCAGAUCUCUCAGAGCAGCCCUCAGCACUGUACAGUGAGCUCUGGAUCUAGCACAGCAACAAGCAACCAUAACCUCCCUCAGCAAGGAAAGAGAAAUCCCUCCUUUCCAAGCUUUGUGGAUGUUCCAGGUCCGUGUGAACCAGAAGAUCUCAUUGACGGGAUCAUUUUUGCUGCAAACUACCUCGGCUCCACCCAGCUCCUGUCAGACAGAAACCCGUCUAAGAGCGUGCGCAUGAUGCAAGCUCAGGAGGCUGUGGACAGAGUUAAGUGUCUGGAUGGAGAGAGCCAGAGUCUGACCGAGGUUGACCUCUUCAUUUCAACAAAAGCCAUCAAAGUGCUCAAUGCUGACACACAGGAGACGAUGAUGGACAACGCUCUCCGCACCAUCUCCUACAUUGCAGACAUUGGGAGUGUGGUGGUUCUGAUGGCCCGUAGACGAAUGUCUCACUCUGCCUCUCUGGAUUGUACUGACACCGGCCUCAAUGCCGCAGAGGGCAGGAAACAGUACCGAAUGAUCUGUUAUGUUUUUGAGUCUGAAGAUGCCCAGCUCAUUGCACAGUCCAUUGGUCAGGCGUUUAGCAUGGCCUACCAAGAAUUCCUGCGAGCAAAUGGGAUCAACCCUAAAGAUCUUAGUCAGAAAGACUAUAGUGAUAUUCUUAGUACACAAGAAAUGUACAAUGAUGACCUCAUCCACUUCUCCAACUCAGAAAACUGUAAAGAGCUGCUCCUGGAGAAGCAGAAAGGGGAGAUUCUAGGUGUAGUUAUAGUCGAGUCUGGCUGGGGCUCUAUCCUGCCCACAGUCAUCCUGGCUUGCAUGCUGAACAGUGGGCCUGCUGCCCGCUCUGGGAAGCUCAAUGUGGGGGAUCAAAUUAUGGCCGUCAACGACACAAGCCUGGUGGGCUUACCCCUGGCUACCUGCCAAGGCAUCAUUAAGGGACUGAAGAGUCAGGUACAGGUAAAGCUGAGCGUAGUAAGCUGCCCCCCUGUCACCACUGUGCUUAUAAAGAGACCAGACCUGCAGUACCAGCUAGGCUUCAGUGUGCAGAAUGGCAUAAUUUGUAGUCUGAUGCGAGGUGGAAUAGCAGAACGGGGUGGAGUGCGUGUGGGCCACAGAAUAAUUGAGAUUAAUGGACAGAGUGUGGUUGCCAUGGCACAUGAGAAAAUUGUCCAUGCCCUAUCAGUGUCUGUUGGAGAGAUUCAUAUGAAAACCAUGCCAGCUGUGAUGUUCAGGCUGCUGACUGGACAGGAGACACCGAUGUACAUCUAGUGGCAGUUCUGGUGCUCUGGAAGCUCUGUGGUGCUCUGUCCUGGUUGUGCAAGAAAAAAAAAAACAGUGCUUCAUAUUUUCUCCAAAGUCUUAAUGUUCUGUUUGUGCUGGUUCUGUAUGUAUCCACCCAGGCUUAUAAACAGAGCAACCUUGAUGUGAACCUUUCAAAUCUAAUAACUUAUCAAGUCAGCAUCACUCAGUGAAGUAGGGAAAUAUCAGAGCUAAGUCAUAUUUCAUCAGGCUGUUCACUGCAUGUGCAGAAUGUAUGCUUCCAUCAUUGAAAGAAAAAAGAAAGCACUAGGAAAAGCUAAUAAUUCAUUCUCGUAGUUGAGCAGGGUUUACAGAGAAUAGGUAGGCAAGAGCUUUAUUGGAAACAAUAAGCAUCAGACUGAAAAGAAGCCUAGCCAGGCCAAUCAGUCUUAAACUAAGGGAACUAAAGGAUAAUUGCAAACAUAAGCAAUACCAGUCUUCUCAUUCUCUGUUCUGAUUUGUAGUUUUUCAUCACCAAGUUGAUGUCAACAGACUUUUUUUUCUAAGCUUAAGAGGCAAUGAGUGCAUGACCAGUGCAUGACCGUCAUUGGUGUUCUGGAGCUACCAAUAAACCAACUAGUCUGUCUAGCUUGUCAGGCCUAGUAAAUGUUUUGUUCCGCCCAUUGAGCUUGCAGUUCAGCCCCUUGCUCUGCCACACAUGAUU